AUGUCGCAGUUGCACCAAACCCCGCGCCCGUCGCGGAGGCUCAACCUCUCUCUGAAUCUCGCGGUCGUCCCGAGUUUCGACGCGCCUGCCGAGCCGGCUCCAUGGCGGGACGAACGCGACUCGGAGUCCGAGUCCCCGCCGAAUGGGCGCUUGACAGACAGGAAGCGCCGCGACGAAGCAUUGAACGCCGCGCCGCCCUCACUGCACCCUACCGCCAUCGUGACCACCACCGCUGCUGACGCCGCAAAGCUCUCAUCCAGAGUUUUUCCGCAUUUGUCCGCCGAUCUGGCGGACGGUCCAUUGUCCUCCGCAACUUCCCGCACAGACAUGAUUAAGCGACCUGGCAGUGCCUUCUUACCGCCGGUGGCACCGCCUUUUUCUCGUUCUCUGUCCUCCUCCGCACUGGGAGACUCUGCUCGUGGCUUCUCCCCUCGCUCGCCCUUCUCUCUGUCCUCCAAUCAAAGCUCGGGAAGAUUGUCGUCUUCGUCCUCGUUAUUGUCGCCUCAGACGCCAUCACCCUUCAGCGGAGGGAAUGGAUGCAGAUCUCCUACUCGGGAUGGGUCUACUAUCCGCAGCCUGAGUGCUUCCCGAGUGCCUUCCUGCACUACUGCGCGAGUGACAAAAGCACCUGCUACAGCCGGAACAAGUAUGCACGGCAGCACGCAAGGCAGCACGCAAGGCAGCACGCAAGGCAGCACCCAACGCAGCACCAGCAUCGUGUUGAAGAGCCAACCACAAAGACAAGCCGCUGCUGCUACCAGCGAUACCGGCGCUGCCGUUUCCACCCCAAGCACCCGCCCCCCGCUCUCCCCUCACUCUCCGCCCUCCCCUCACCCUCUGCCCUCCCCUCACUCUCCGCUCUCCCCUCACCCUCCGCCCUCCCCUCGCCCUCCGCUCUCCCCUCGCCCUCCGCUCUCCCUUCGCCCGCCGCUCUCUCGUGCUUCUGCAAUUUCACCAGGGCUGGAACAACGCGUUGCUAAGACCCUCACAGCAAGCGGUGACGCUGCAGCACCCCUCCCCCGUCUGCGCCCAACCCUUACAACCGUGCCCACGUGGCAGCCGCCGUCCCCCACACCUGUCACGUCCACGUGGCAGCCGCCGUCCCCCACGCCCGUGUCCACGUGGCAGCCGCCGUCGCCCACGCCUGUGCGCAGCCCGCACGCGGAGCGCAUUCAGCAGCGCGCGGCGGAGGCCAAGGCGCGGCAAGCUCAGAUGGACAAAGCGUGGGGCGCGCUGCUGCUGCAGGACGACGACCACCAUGAUCAUCAACAGCUACCUGCUGCUGCUGCUGCUGCUUCUUCUUCACCUGUUGCUUCUGUUAGUCCUGCUACUGCUGCUACUGCUGCUUCUGCUACUGCUGCUGAAACCCAGCCCAGCCUUUCAACCAAUCGCACCUCUUCACCCAAUACUAUUGCUCCAACCGACGCUGCUUUUACGAGCACAAAUAUUCGAACGUCCCUGUCAGCUCCAACAGAAGCUUCACCAGGCGAAUCUGCUGCUGGUGGUGCUGCAAAGCCGUCCUGGGGUGCUUCCUGGCGGCUUCUGAUGGCGUCAGGGCGAAGCCUCAAGGGUAGGAACAACAGCUUCACGGCACCUAACGAGGGUGACAGUAACGAGUAUGCUGCUAGAAGGGAUGAGCCAGGGAGCCUGAGUGGCGCUGCAGGUGCUACUGCCAGGCCAUCAGGAGGGCUGACUCGUGGCGUGGUGGCGUCUAAAGGAGGGAGCAGGAGGAGGAUGUGCCGGUCCUUGUCUCUCAGUGAUGGCUUGCUGGCUGCUGUUGCUGCUGCUGCUGCUAAUGAUGGUGAUGGCACUGGCACUGGCAGUGGUGGUGGUGGUGCUGCUGCCGCUUUUGUUGCUUCAGGCGGUCACAGCAUUGUGGGAACCGAGACAACUGGAGCAGAUGCAACUCCCAAGGCACGUCAUGGCUCUUUGGAGCGGCCGGAUCCUUCAUCGCUCUUCGGCAGCAGCGAGUCGUCUCAUCUCUCGGCAUGCGCAACACGUGCCUCUGACCACCCGGCCUUCCAGCCGUUGCUUCCGCCGGACGAACUUGGACCGUUUGCUAUGACCAAGACGCUGAGUGACAGCAACAUCAAGCUUCUGACCGACGGCCAAGACCAUUUUCCUGCUUCCCCCUUCCGAGACAGCGCACUUCAGGGCAGUUCGCCAGAGUGCUCAGUACUCUACUCCUGUGCCAUUCCCACUCCCAGUCCCGAGGCAGAAGCCUCGACCAGCCAAUCAGCUCCUCUGGGAAGGUGUCAUGCUAGGACCACCGCCACUACCCGGGGUUUGCACAGGAGAGGCACACCGCGGAUGCUCUCCGCCUCCUGCUCCGACCUGCCGCAGCUGCAAGCAACGGCGGCUCUGCACUCACCGGCUCUGCACUCACCGGCUCUGCACUCACCAGCUCUCCACUCACCAGCUCUUUUUGAGCCGACCCAUAAGUCAGCUUUCCACACAGCGGCACGGCCUCCCUGCACUCCUGAUUCGUCGACCGCGAAGAACCCUUCUGGUGGUAGAGUCACGAGUAGCAGGGGUAGCGCGCAGCAAGUGAGCGCAUCCUCAUUCUCAAACCUCCAGAAUCUGCAAGUUCUCCCCCCCGUCAUCCGCUCCCCUCCAGCCGCUUCCACCACAGCCGCUCCCCCCCCAGCCGCCAUCAUCCUUUCCUCCGCUGAUUCGUCCCCGGCGAUUGGAUUCUCUAACAGCGCCGCCACUGCUAGUGUUGGUGUCGCGGCCGGUCAGCAGCGGAGCAGCGCCGGCACAGCAAGGCGGGUGGUACCGGCAAACGGAUUCUUCAGAAGCGCGUCCACGACGUCGUCAUGCUCCGAUCUGGAGGAUCUGCGAGCUGCUGCUGGUGCUGGUGCUGGUGUUGGUGCUGCUGCUGUAAUUCCCUGCAGGAGGGAUCCAAAGAUGCAAGUCCCUCUCUUCUCCGCUGAUGAUUCCUCGGCUGCAGGCGCGCUUCCCUGUGCAUCGCUUCCGCGUCGCAGCUUAUCGUCGUCGUCAGCGCUCUCCUCCUCCGCUCCCUUGCUGCCCGUCUCGCCGCUUGUUACAAUGGGGGAGAAUGGAGCGGGGCAGCGGAAGCUGCGAAAGAAGGUGUCGUUCAACUCCAUUGUUAGGGUUCGGACGUUCAUCUCCACGCUUGACAUGGAGCCUGCGUAUGAGGCAGCACCAGUAGCAUCAUGCUGA